AUGACCGCUGAGCGAACGGAAAAGUCCUCCUUUAUUGUACUUGUUACAGGCGAAAUCGAAAAGGCUGUCGUGAGUUUUGUCAAGUUUUUAUUUUAUGCCAAACGGCAUGAAAAAAUAAAAAAAAAUUUUUUUUUUAAUUUUUUGAAUUUUAAAAGUUUUCACUAAAACUUGUAUUAAUAUAGCAGUUUGUAAAAGAAAAAUAUGCUUUUAGUUCCCAGAGAUAAACUCCUUGUACUGCAAGUACAACUAUGUUUAUGGCCCGGAUUGGAAGUUUAUCAGUGGAGUUGAAGAAGGCUUAAGCCCAAGUUGCGAAAAAGGCCAGCAAACUCAACAUAUCUCUAUCAACACCCCAAUAGAAGCCACUUUUAGCUCCACUAACCCUUUUAAAUGUAGGAGACUAUAUUCACUUUGCUUGCCAUUCUUUUUACGACGUUAUAUAGAUAGCGCCAUUCUUUUUAGGACAUUAUUAUAUAUUUAGGCUAUUUAUUUUUUACUACAGAGUUCGUAAAAGAACUUCAUUCAAGAUAAAAAAUCUCGUUAUGAAAUGACGUUGACCUUAUUUAGGGCCCCAACUCAUAAUUAGUUGCUAUGGCCAUGACAUGUUCGGAAACGAUGUAAUCCGCGGCUAUGGCGCCACUUUCAUUCCGACUGCACCCGGGAGGUAAGAUCUUUAUUUAGAUUACCAAGCUUAUUAAAAAAAGUUAAUGAACAUUCUGUUUCAUACAGUAUUAAUCAAUAUGACAUUCGAGUUUCAGAACACAACGAUCAAUCGCCAUAUUCGUUCCACAAGCUUCAACAACCACACAAAGAAUAAUGUCAUUUUUUACAGGAAGAAGAGCUGAAUUCGUUGAUAGUAGGAUCGUGUCCAUGUCUCAAGGAAGGGAAAGUAAGUCACACAACUAAUCAUGAAAAUUAAGUGCUAGCUUACAAAAACUAAUAUUCUAUAAUAAAGAUUCGUAACUGUGUAACACAUUACUUUUCAGUAACCCGAGUAUCAACACAAGGCCUAAUAACAGUCACUUUUAACGUCGUCCUCAAAGAUGUCAAAAAGUAUGGAUACGAUGUGAAUCCAGCUACAAUUUCUCGUAUAUCAGAAUUCCCAUUACCUCACUUUGAAGAAAAGAAACCUCAGAAACUGCCCGAAAUACCACUACCACCACCGCCGACCGUGGAACAAACAGAGCCUGAAGAACAAGUUGAAGAUCCACCUGAACAAGAAGAAGUUCAUGAAGUUGAGGAAAUAACCUAG